AUUCUUGUGUUUUAGCCUAACUGUUUCCCAUUGACACAUAAAAAAAGUAAUUCUUAUUUUAGAAAUAUUCAUUUCACAAAGAUUAUUACUGGUUACAAAUAGACUUCAUCAUAAUAAUAAGAAUUAUUAAUACUCAAAAAGGUUUAACGUGUUUAGGGCAUUGGAUGAAUAUUACUACCAUUAAAACACUCUCCCCUCUUCUCCAAAACGGGCCGUCCUAGUCCUACCCAAAACGCCGUUAUCAUAAUUCCGCUCCGUUAACUCACGUGGCUUCGAAAAAAGAAGUAUGAAGCUUGAGCGAUUGAACCUAACUCCGUCUAUAGUUAACGCUGACUCCGACGUCCGUCAACAAUCCUUCAACGGCGGCGCCGAUGAUGCCAACAAAGUUGCCAGGCUCCCUCGUUGGACCAGACAAGAAAUUCUCGUUCUCAUACAGGGGAAAAAAGUCGCUGAAAACCGGAUCCGUCGAGGGCGAACCGGGAGUCUAGAAUUCGGUUCAGCACAGGUUGAACCAAAGUGGGCUUCUGUUUCUUCCUACUGUAAAAAACAUGGGGUGAACAGGGGACCGGUUCAAUGCAGGAAGAGAUGGAGUAAUUUGGCAGGGGAUUUUAAGAAGAUUAAAGAGUGGGAGUCUCAAAUAAAAGAAGAAACAGAGUCCUUUUGGUUGAUGAGGAAUGAUUUAAGGAGAGAGAAAAAAUUGCCUGGAUUUUUCGAUAGAGAGGUAUAUGAUAUUCUUGAUCGUGGAACUGGAAGUGGAAAUGGGGAUGAAGAAGAAGGACUGGUUUUGGCUUUGGGGUCGUCGGGUGUAGCGGAGGAGUCAGAAGUUUUGUUUGAUAGUGGGAAAAGUGCUGCUGCAGGGGAUGAUGGCUUGUUUUCAGAUUUUGAGCCGCUUCAGGAUGAAGUAGGCGCCACUUCCCAUGAAGAUUUCCCACCAAUCAAUCAGCUUCCCAUUCCUGCUCCAACUCCAAUUUCAGAGCAGAAACAUCAACCACUCUCUCAAGUGUCUCCUACACAAGGAACAAGCCAUCAGAAGCAACCUAUCCGAGAACCUGAUAUAGGAAGCGGUCAGGAAGGAAGGAAAAGAAAGCGAGAUGACUCAGAUGCAGAUGAAGAAUCAAGCAAUCUGCAGCGUCAUUUAGUCAGAGCAUUGGAGAGGAAUGGCAAAAUGGUGAGCACCCAACUUGAAGCUCAGAAUAUGCAUUUUCAAAAGGAUAGGGAGCAAAGAAAGGACCAUGUUGAUAACUUAGUAGCAGUACUUAACAAGCUUGCAGAUGCUUUGGGAAGAAUUGCAGAUAAGUUAUAGUUGAUUACCUAAUGGGAGUGUACAUAACAUGUUGUCAGGUUGUAUGUCACGUCUUUGUGAAUCUUCAUACUCGUGGCUGAAGGAUUUUUGCGACCUAGACCAGAUGUUGGGCCAAUGUCAGUUUUGGUUGGAUAAUUAGUAGUUGGAGAUGAGAUGUUCUUUUCAGCUUUUGUGCUUUCAAGGCGUAGUCUUGGCACAGGUGUACAGAAAUAGUAAUAAAUACAGCAAUUGGAGAGGCUGGUGUCGUUUUUUGUUUUUCUUUUUUCUUAAUUCUUGUUAUACAAGUAAAUUACCAUCUCUUAUUUUGUCACAAUUGUGAGGCUCUGUUUAUGGAGCUUAAAUUUUAUCUCAGUACUUGGGAUUGCUAGGCUUGCGGACAAAUUGUAUACAAAUCAUAAUAUUUCGAUUCUAUUGUGAAAAAUAGUUGUCAUUGUAUUG